AGGACUGUCUGUGCAGGACAAUUCGUGGAAAAACCUCGUGCGCUCUGCUAUACCAUCGCAUUCGUGUAGUCUUUGCGAUCGUCGUUGUCGUCAUAAUUUUCGUCCGUCGUGCCAUAUCCGAUACUCGCCAUCGUCGUAAAAAAUUCGAUCGAUCAACAUUAAGUUACAUUAUCCUCAGCAAUGUCGAAAUUAGUUGCAGUCGUAUUCACGGUGGCGGUGGCAUCCUCAUUGGUAGUGGCUCAACGGCCCGAAGCCCGUAAGAUCGAUUCCGGUCUCGGAGACUUUAAGGUAGUGUUCAAGGUAUUUCAAGACUGUUCAAAGGCGCAGUUUGGACCGUGUCUGAAACACAAGCUAUUGACAGCCCUCGACCGAAUCAGUGAACAACCGGAAAUGGAAUUGUUCGAUGGUGUCCGAUUGGUCAAAGACCCAGCUGUUGCUCUAAAUGACGUUGCCCAUGACAUAUCUUCGGCCAGGUCUGCUGGUGAUGACGAGACGGAUAGUCUGGACACGCUGGUCAUUGACAGAGUGAUGAACUUUUUCAAAAGUCGCAGUCUCCAGUUCAAACUUCUCGACAACGAACCCAGAGAAAUGGCAGAUGGUCGCAAAAAGAGCAACAAGUACAACUCGCUGCUCAUGUACCCGUUUAUGAUGGGUGGCAUGACUAUACCUCUGGCUUUCGGCGUGCUCGCCCUGUUGGCCGGCAAAGCACUGAUCAUCGCCAAACUGGCGCUGGCCCUGUCCGCCAUCGUGGGUUUGAAAAAGCUGUUCAGCGACCAAGGGGGCAGUAGCCACGAGUACAUCACUCACGGAGGCAGCGGUGGACAUUACCGCCGAAGCCUGCCCGGCGAACCGAUUUCCGCGUCAAACAUGGCGUACAGCUCGUACAUGCCCGUCUACGACGAACCCAUCCGGAGCACCACGUCCAACGCGAUCCCUCUGCGAUGAUCGACUUCAUAAUACAACGUCUACGUCACACUAUGUACGGAAGACAAACGAUUAUUAUUUAUUGACAGAUGGUAUAUAACAUUUAUAUUAUUAUUAUGACUAUUAUUAUUAAUAUUAUUGUAUUAUUUAUUUGGAAUCGAAUAAACUCGAUAAACCUUUACAACUUAAAA